UGCGGGCGACGGCCUUUUUAGUGGCCAACCUCUGGCCACACCGAUUUCUGUCAAAUACCCAAAAGGAAAUGUUUGCGACCAGUUUGUGCCACAAAAAGUGGUAAAUACCGAGGAUGUGCCGUGUUCGCUGAGUCCCGUACUCUCUACCCUCGCGACCUGUGAACGUGCUAACUCCGCCGAAGUGCGCGCACUACGGAAAGAGCGCCUGCCCUCGGACAGUAAACAAAACGGAUUUUGGCUUGUGGUUUCCAGCGACCAAAGAGACAAACAAACAAACAAACAAACCAACAAGCAAACACACACCAACGCACGCAGCCAGAAAAUAGGAAGCGCGUGAGCGGGCACAGGAUGUCGCAGGUGCUCAGCCCCCAGAAGCAGGCAGGUCCCUGCCCACGUCCUGUGGGCGUGGCAGCGGCCGUGGAGGUGGAGUCCCUGGACUACACCAGCAACAGCAGCAUCAUGGAGUUCCUCGCCAAGGAGCAGGACUGCGGCCUGGCGGACCCAGACCCGGAGAGCAUUUUCCAGGAGGUCAGUCGCCUGUCCGACAGCAGCGACAUGCGCUCCGUGGACGAGCUGCUGCAGGAGGCGGAGCGACUCAUCCAGCAGCAGCUGCGGCUCGGCGGCAUCACCACAGACAUGCAGGCAGCCGGCGAUCAGGCUGUCAAGGGAGUGGAGGACGGCGGAGGAGGAGGAGGAGCUGGCGCAGUGGGAGAUGCCUCCUCGUCGCCCCUGUCCUCGCCGCACAGCAGCAUCCGGCUGAACACCCGGUACACCCAUCGCAUCGAGCACGUACCCCUUUCCGUUUCAGUUCCCAAACCGCCAAAGGCUAUCGUGGCAGUCGCCAGCAGAGCCACCUCCACCACCACCACCUUCACCACCAUCACCAGCACCAGCACCGCCACCUACGCCACGACCAUCACUCGGCCCCGGUCCUGCUCCAAGUCCUCGGCCUCGCCCACGUCCCUGGCGCAGACCCCGAACCCCGAGGCCAGCGGGGUGUUCGCCGAGUUCGUGGACAACCUGCCGUCGGAGUCGGUCAUCUCGGAGGAGUCGACGCCCAAGGACCUCGAUCUGGACAUGGAGACGCACACGGCGACACUGGCCCAGCUGCAGCUGCAGGACAACACGGACGACGACGAGGACACGAUGGAGGAGAUCACCGAGGCGGAGGUGGACGCCGUCGUGGCCGCCCAGGCCACUCUGGUGACGCGGAGCCACUCCUACAGCAGCCGGCCGCCCAUCCGGCCCAUGGCCAGCUACAGCGAGAAGGCGGUGGGCAGCUCCCCCAAGCACCUGGUCAGCACCCUCAGCUCUCCCAUCGAGCAGAUCGCCUGCAGCGUCUCCCGGGAGCACGCCCUCAAGCUGGAGAUCGAGCAGCUGCAGGAGCGGCUCAAGGACACCGAGGAGCGCCUGGCCUCCGUCCGGCUCCAGAGCGACUCCCUCUCGCAGACGCAGCGCGCCCUGCGCGACCACAACGGCCGCCUGCAGGAGGAGUCCGAGAUGCUCAAGCUGGACGUGCAGCACCUGAACGAGUGCGCCGGGGUGCUGAGGGCGGAGCUGCAGGCGGCGCGCCGGGAUCGGAGCGAGGCGCUCCAGCUGCAGAAGUCGCUGCGGGCCGAGCUGGAGGAGGCGCAGCAGGAGCGCCGGCGCACCGGCGAGGGCAAGGAGAAGGACGCCCGGGUGAUCCAGGACCUGCAGCGCCAGUGCCGCGAGAUGGAGCGCAUCCUGAUGCGCAAGCACCCGGACUCGGUGUCCGCCCUGAUAGUGGCCUCCAAGACGCCGGGCAUGUGCCCGCUGAACGACCAGGAGAACGUGAACAGUCGCAAGCUGCUGGAGCAGCGCAUCGCCCAGCUGGAGUCGGACGCCAAGGAGCAGGACCGGAAGGCCCAGCAGAUCCUGGCCAACGUCCAGGCGCGCUUCAACUCGGUGCAGGCCAAGUACGAGACGCACAUUGCGGAUCUGGAGACGCAGGUCCUGAGCCUCCAGGAGAUCAACACGAAGCUCAAUGAGCAGAUCGAGUCCCAGGUGCGCACCCUGGACCGCUACAUGCAGAAGCGGGCCGACAGGUACUACAACAACUGCACCCAGACGGAUCCCCUGGAGGAGGAUGGCCAGGCUGGGCCAGCUGGGUCGUCUGGGCCAUCUCUGGGCACCGUCAGCUCCACCACCGGCACCCAGACCCAGGCGGCCAAUGGGACGCGAGACCACAGCACCAACACCAUCGGCUGCCCCUCGCCGGCCCUGGUCUGCCACGCCGGCAGCCACAGCCACGGCCAUGGCCACCAGCUGCACCCGCCCUCGGCGAGCAGCAGCACCAGCAGCACGGCCAACUCGACGCCCAACACCUCGCGGCCCAACUCGAAGCAGAGCGGCACCCAGCGCCGCUCCCCGCUGGCCGGCGCCGGGCACUCCAAGCUGCCCAUCUCCCAGUCGGAGUCCACCCUCUCGCUGCUCAGCCACGGUCCGGGCGGCGGGCCGGGCCUGGGCUCCAAGGAGGAGGCCCAGUUGCUCAGCUCCAUGCGGAGCAUGCGCGUCGACCUGGCCAUCAAGAACAAGGCCAUGCAGCGGCUCACCCGUGAGCUGGACGACUGCAAGAAGACCAUCCGGAAGCUGCAGCGCGAGAGGGACAACGGCGGCAGCCUAUCAGGCAGCAAGAUGGACCUGAAGGCCCAGUCGCCGGCCCAGGCCAGUGGCAGCGGGCCAGCCCUGGCCGGAGGACAGCCGCGCCGCUACGAGCACCACCACAGCGACCACAUCCCGGCGGCCACCGAGAGCCAGACCCUGAAGGAGGCCCAGAACAAGUACCGCCUCCUGGAGGCCGACUACAAGACCCUCCACGACAAGCGCCUGCAGGACCUGAAGACCCUGCAGAGCGCCCACGACCGGGAGUUGGCCUCCUGCAACGAGACUGUCAGGAUCCUGCAGCAGCGGCUCAAUGAGCGGGAGGAGGCCUUCGCCACCCAGAAGCGGCGCAAGGUGCCCGUGGACUACUACGCGCUCAAGGCCAAGGUGUCCCUCCUGGAGCGACGGCACUCGGAGCGGGAGGAGCGACUGCACAUGCUGGUGGAGGCCCUCAGCAAAGGGCGCUUGAACGGCGCCCUCGAGGACAUGCUGCAGGAGAACAACAACAAGUAGGGGGCCGUGCAAGGAGGGAGUAGGCAGGAGGAGAUUAGUUAAGCCACAUUGCCAUGUUCAAUGCCAGCCAAUUCGACUAGAGUCCGUCUAAGCACAGCAACACAUCCAAUUAUAUCUUAGGGGGGAGGCGUGGGGGGACAGGGCAGGCCGGGUCCUGGCCCGCCUCGGGGGCAGACACUCUAACUGACGCUCCUUGCGGUUUCCAACCAGCCCAGUGCCAUGUGUUCAGCAACGAAACAAUAAUUACCAGCUAGCCCUAGCCAGCGAGUAGGUAGUUUUAAGAUCCUUCCUGCCCCCCAGGUCAGAGCCAGGGCCCAGAGCCCUGUCCCGAAGAUUCGCGUUAGAGUAGUUCGUAGAGUGGAAAUAUUUUCAAUAUCAGCGUUCCGCCGUAGACACCGCUUGGAAAGAGACGGCAGGCGGGCGGGAAGCGAAAGCGAAAGAGACGGAGAGUGCCCGAGGGCCGGAGGCAAGAGAAGGUGAAUCCAAACGAGAGUAGUACUGACCUAGUAUUCGACCUGUAUAUAGAAUGUCGGUGCUGCCGCAUUCGAAGCGAUCUCAACUUGAAUAUUAUAUAUUUGAUUUACGAUUAGAGGCCGGCGGAGGGCAGAAGCCUGCGCCAUUUUUUUUACCCUACCAGUUUAUUGAGAACUUUGAAAAAGUUAAAAAAAAAAGAUACGAUCGGGGACCGUUGGCAAUAUUUUAAGCGCCUUUCCGGGAAAAGGUUACAUGCGAGGGAGAAACGGAACCAUAUUUAUAACCAAACUA